GUUUGUUUCAGCGGACCUUUCGGCUUCCUUUCCAUACCAACCUACAAGAAACGAAUUCAAUACUCGAGUUUCAGAGCCUUACGUUGGUUAAUCUGCAGUCGUGAAACUGGGAGUUGCUGGCACAAAAUGCAGCCGUUGUUCGCUGAAGCGAGAAUGCGAUAAACACAAGCGAGGUCGCGUCGAAUCGGCCGCCUUUAUCGGGGGAGGGCAGCGCGUCGUCGUCAUGGCGACGCCGAUUUGUUGGCGAGGAUUCCGCGCAGAGUUGUGUGGCGAGAGCUGUCUUUCGCGGCUCGCGAUGGACGGUUGUUUCGGCCCGCGGGAUUUAGAGGCGCUGCAGAAUUUGAUCUGCCCGCCGGAGAAUGACCCCGACACCGAGGACGAUUUACCGCAGGCGGGCGCGAGGAAGUUGGGACCGGGUAAUAUCGGUGUACCUUCAAUCGAUGCUCCUCAGACCCACUCAGGACCUCACGCGCCGCUGCGUGGUGUGAAUGAUGAUAUCUGGCACCCCUCGGAAGCGAUUGACGCUCAGAACACGCAGGAUUACGACCCCCGAACGGUGCCCGAGUACGAGAUGAAGUUUAAGCAAGCGGUGACAGCAGAGGAUGUUUACCUGGGGAUGGGCUUUAAAACGCCGAGCACGGCGUCCUGCGAGUGGCUGUCAGUGCUGGUGAAAUUGCCGCGGGAAACGCGGGAAAAAGUGGAGCUCUCCGUGGAAUCUGAGGCGAUCGACGUGCGCAGCUCAAGAUAUCGGCUGCACCUACCGACGCCUCACCCGGUGGAUCCCAAUGCGUCCUCGGCCAAGUGGCACAACGACACCUGUACCUUGGAGAUCAGCCUAAGGCUCACGCGCGAGUUGGAUAACAUAAACUUUUGAUUCGACCAGUCAUCACGCUCGACCGUCUCACCAUCGUAUACCGAAUGUCGAAGGAACACGGAAAACACAGGAAACACACAAGUGUGGUAACAGACGGCUUCGCGAUAUGAAGGGCUCUGUAUCCGACGCGAGGAAAUACAAGCUGGAGGGUGCUGUAGGGACAGGACGAGGCACCUAGAUCAGCCCUCGUGCAAGGUACACGAGGAAGAAGCCAUCCGUUAAAGUUUAUAUUCCACACUCGACGCUUCCUACGGCACCGGAACUGCGGUGUUCUUGACGAUAUACGUACGGUCGCCAUAAGUCACGUACCGUACGAGCGCCGAAGUAUUUUCCACCCCGCGUAUUUCAGAAUUCCCUCGUCCCCCUUUCUCCUUCUCUUCCUUUUUUUUUCUUUUUCUUCCUGCGCGGAUAAAGCGAUCGAGUGGGAGACGUUAACUCGCGGGACGGAAUAUUCGUAUUUUUCCGCCGUGAAUUAUACCGCCAUAAUUUCCGUCAUAAUUUCGAGCACGGUAAUCCCGCUUGGUUGAUUUAUAAUACGGAAGAAGUGUAUAUACGUGUGUACACACACACACACACACACACACACACACA